AUUCUGUCGUUGGUGCAUAGUGAUUGAGGGUGGCUGAAUGGUUGAAUUAGCUGUUAGACGUUUGGUUGCUGGAGGCGGUUGGCAAGGUGGCGGACAACGGCAGACCACCAUAGCACUCGGUCCCAGUAAUCCUCAACCACCAAAGGUAGCUCUUCUUCUCCCCAGGCCAAGCUGCAUAACUCCACUUCCACCAUGAGCAACAAGGUACCUGCCCUCACCAAGCCGGCUCCUGCCUUCAAUGGGACAGCGGUGGUGGACGGGCAGUUCAAGGAGAUCUCGCUGACGGACUACAAGGGAAAGUACCUGGUCCUGUUCUUCUACCCACUGGACUUCACUUUUGUCUGCCCCACCGAGAUCAUCGCCUUCUCGGACAGGGCGGAGGAGUUCAGGAAGAUCGGCUGUGAGCUUGUGGCUUGCUCCACCGACUCCCACUUCUCACAUCUGGCUUGGAUCAACACUGCUCGGAAGGAGGGUGGCCUGGGCAAGAUGAACAUUCCCCUCCUGGCUGAUAAGUCCAUGGAAAUCUCCCGGGCCUACGGUGUGCUGAAGGAUGACGAGGGGCUCUCCUUCCGAGGACUCUUCAUCAUCGACAUCCAGCAAAAUCUGCGACAGGUCACCAUCAACGACCUUCCAGUGGGGCGUGACGUUGACGAAACUCUCCGCCUGGUCCAAGCAUUCCAGUUUGUCGACAAGCAUGGGGAAGUGUGUCCCGCUGGUUGGAAGCCCGGCAGCAAGACCAUGAAAGCAGACCCCACAGGCAGCAAGGAGUACUUCAGCACCGAGAACUGAGGUGUGGCGGUAUCUACGAGUGUUUACAUGAGCGCGUGAUAACAGCUCUAGGGUAGCUUUGGGCAUGGAAGAGUGUUUGAAUUUUUGAAGGUAUAUGAGUGUUCCUUUGUAAUAAUUAUGGUCUUUUUCUGUUGAUUUUUAGUUUUAUUUAGGGAGUCUUGAUUCUGGAAAGUGUAUGUGAGGUUAUUUUUGUGCAUGGAUUAGCAUUUCAAUACUGGAAUGGAUUGUGGCAAUGUGCAAGUGUUCCAAAGUGGUCAUUGCCAUUUUAAUUUACCUCUUAUGUGCAAGUGUUUCUCAGUGGUCAUGGCCAGUUUAGUUUACCUCUUACAUUUUGGUUCAUAGUCUUGAAUGCAACAAUGUUUUCAUGCAAGGAGAAUUCAUAUACUCGAGCAACUCCCGUAAAAUUAAGUAUAUUCAUGCCAAGGAUAAUUACCAGUAUUUCCAUGAGGCUUUCCAAGGUAUAUGAAUGCUAAUGUACACUAGUUAUUGUGUUACCUUGAAUGUAACAAUGUUUUCACACGAGUGCUCACUAACCUGUCAGAAGAUUCAGAUACUCAAGCACCUCCUGUAAACCCUUAAGUAUAUUCAUGCCAGGAUAAUUACCUGUAUUUCCAUGAGGCUUUUCAAGGUAUAUGAAUGCUCCUGAACACUUAAGUUAUUUUAUCAUUUUUCCCUAUGAAGUAAAAAGCCAGUAUUUUCAAGCAGGGAGUAGGUAUUAAUCUAACUCUAGGACUUAUAGCCACACAGCAAUGGUUAGCUAUGUAUUACCUGCAGUAUUCUUGUAAUGCCAGUAAAAACUUUCAUUUUCACUUUUGUUUCGAUGAGUGACAGCUGUGAACGGAAUGACCAAUGGCAGCGGCAGUGAUAAGAUUUUCACUUGCCUCAAAAUGCAGCUGAGUGAGGGAACGAAUGUCAGCUUACACAAAUAAUAAAGUAUCUUGAAUCAUA